UAUUUCGUUGCAGAACAUUUCAGUACGUUUGGAUUAUUAAACCAACUAGUUACUUUAUCACACCAGUUGAAUUACGAUGCAUUUAACCGCUCGAAUCAUAAGUACAUGGCUCAUCAAUUGGCAUUGCUUUACGUGAGUAAAUAUACAGGGUGUCCCCAAAAAAGUACCCUCUAUAGAAAUUUAUCCUAUUGUUGUUAAGCACAGGAUUUUAUGCGACUGGUAAUUAAAAAUUCAAUUCAAUUGUGUUUACGCACUCUUGUGUUCAGCAUAUAGUGCUCAGGCAUUCAGAUUAUAACAAUAGGAUGAUUUCUGUAGAGGGUACUUUUUGGGGGACACCCUGUAUUUCGAAAUGUGUGUUAUGCAUGCAAAUAACGUGAUAGACACAUUUUGCUAAGGUUUGUUCAUACCCAAUUCACAGCCUCAUGAAUUAUUAAUGAGUUUUUAAAAAUAAUAUAUAAUAUGCUAAUUAUAUUAUAUAAGUAGAGAAGUACUAUAUUUUAUGUAAUAUUUCAAAUCCGAGUUAGUGUUUUAGACGUGGUUUCUAAAUACAAGUGCCAUGAACAAUGGCGAGGCGCAGCCGAGCCAUUGUUCAUGGCACUGGGGAUUUGGAAGCCAAGUUUAAAACACUAACGAGGAUUUGAAAUUGCUUCUCACACAUCAUUAGAUAUUCAUAGCAAUGAGGCAGUAACAAUAGCGAAUUAAGUUGUUCAAUGAGGCGAAUGCGUAACGAAGGAACGAAUUAAAGACGUUGUUGUUGUAGUAUUUGUUCGCAUUCAAAAGAAGCAUGGCAUCUAGUUGCAAAAAGAGGAGAUUUCGAGUUCUUCAAAGCGUGGAAAGAAGCAUUGACAACAUCCGAAAUGCUAUUCCACAAACAACGCGUUAUAAAAAUCGUUGGGGAGUUCGUAUAUUUGAAGAUUGGUAAAGUGGGCGAGAAAAUAAAGCAGUCAUGUGUGAGAGCAAUCCUUUCAGCUUAGAUUUGCAGAAUUUGCAAAAUUUGGAGACAGAAUUGUGUCCAAUGACGGCAAGAACGUUAAACUUCUGGCUUAUCAAAUUUGUUCAAGAAGUUUGCGACAAGGAUGGCAAGCCAUAUCCCGGGCGUACAGUAUACUAUGCUCGUUGAAACGACAUCUAGACGAAAAUGGCCGGGCUGAAGCUAACAUGUUAAAUGCUAACAAUCACUGGUAGGUUGAAUUUGUUCAUUUUUAGUUAAUGGUUUAGUUUAAUUUAUUGUAAUGUGAGCAUGUGUAUUACUCAGUUUCCAGACGUUCAGAAGAGUGCCGGAUAGUGAAAUGAAAGCCACCCACCGGGAAGGCGAAUCGCUUGCGGAGAAUCGUACAAGACGAGAGAAAGAAGCUAUUACAGAUGAUGAAGAAGGUUUGCUGUGGUCAAAAGGCUUGCUGGGAGACAAAACUGCUGAACGUUUGGUUUACACAAUUUAUUUCUAUAUCGGAAAAAUAUUCGGAUUAAGAGCAUGUGAACACAGACAGUUAAGAUUAAGCAACUUUGUCAUAGAAAACAACAAAAUUUGUCAUCGAGAAAAUAUUUCGAAAACUUUUCAUGGAGGAUUGAAAGAUUUAAAGAAGAAACCUAGAAUUGUGACUCAUUAUUGUCACGAGGUUGAGGAAAGUGUGCAUGAACCAUGCCUGGUUCAAAUGUUUAAGCAGUACAUUUCCUUGGUCAGCGAGUUACCGAAAACUAAUGAAUCAUUCUAUUUUCGACCGAGUAAAACAGCGUAUAAAUUCGAAAAUGCACCAAUUGGUAUUCAUAAGCUUAAUUCUAUCGUGCCUUUUUUAAUGAAAGAAGCUGGCCUUGAAAUUAAGAUAGCACACUGCCUUCGUGUCACAACAGCAACAAAUUUGUUUCGUGCUGGCCAUCAAGAAAAAUUAAUACGUGAACGAACUGGGCAUGUUUCUUCUGCCUUAUUUACGUAUGAGAAACCUAGUAAUGAUCAAGCAAUGGCUGUAUCCAAGUGUGUUGGCCCAUCUGUAUCAAAGGUUGUGUCGCUUGCUGACAACUGUUUUAAGCCACCCUCGAAGCCUAAGGAAGACGAAAAGUUUCAAAUUUCCGACGAGGAACUUGAUAAGUUUUUGAGUGAAGUGGACUGGUCUAAAAUUGAUAAAGAGGUGCAGCGACGUACUAUCGCAGAAAAGUUUGUUUUGUCGAACAGUACAUUCACUAACUGUUCUUUUAACAUUUAGAAGUUAUUUCUAAAUACAGCUUACUGUAUUUAGAAAUAAUUCUAAACAUAGCAAUUAAAUAUAUUUGCAUAAUCUUUUGUUUACCCCUCAAUUUCCCUAUUGUUCAGAGCCCUUCCCACUUGAAGUAAUUAAAGUCCUGGUCUAGACGGGGUAUCCAGAUAGAUACACGUGAUGUAAAUUACACCAUGUCAUUGGCCGAAAUGCUAUGAAUAUCUAAUGAUGUGUGAGAAAGAUAGAGAAGAAUUACAUGAACAAAUGAAACAACUUAGUUACAGGGGGGCAGAAGUGGGGGGAAGGGGGCAGGUCUGAGAAACCAGGCCUCAAAAUUAAUAUACUUUUAGUUAAAAAGAUUAUUUGGUAAAGAUUUUAAUGGUCUUAUGAUUUCAAGAAAAUCGCAUUUAAAAUAUCAGUGAAGUAUAAUUGCAUGCGUUUUUGAGCUGUCCAGAAUGAGAAAAACAUGAUAUAUUACACAGAGAAUUAUUUUGAGGCCUUGUGCAAAAUUGCUGCCCCUCCCCUCCCUGCCUAGACUUGCUCCAAGUCUCUCUUUCAUUGUCAUAUAGUAUCGGUCCACUAUAGUGUACAUUACUUGACGUAGUACGGAGGGGCGGAGCGAGAAAGAGAGACUUGUCAACUUCGGAAAAUCUCGGUUCAAAACUGAACCGAAAAUGCAAGACUUGCUUUAAUUGUUUUCUGUCAGUGUUUAUGUGUAUUGAUCUAGCACAGUGUAAAUAACACGAGUUCCAUUAUAGUAAAUAAUACAGAAAGAAAUUGAAGGAAAACAAUUAAAGCAAGUCUUGCAUUUUCGGUUCAGUUUUGAACCGAGAUUUUCCGAAGUUGACAAGUCUCUCUUUCUCGCUCCGCCUCUCCGUGCUACGUCAUGUAAUGUACACUAUAGUGGAUCGAUACUAUAUGACAAUGAAAGAGAGACUUGGAACAAGUCUACUCCCUGCCAGACAAGAUGGUGUUCAUACUACGGAUCUAUGUUCCUGACAGGGUGUAUAAAAAAACGCAACCUCGAAAUUUCCUAAGAAAUCCACUUUGCAAUUCUUAAGCAUAAAAGGUUUUACUCCCCUGGGAAUUGAAAUCGAAUUGCUAAUAGAUCAUAUUUAUAUUUACUGUUGUUGUACUGUACAGGGUGUCCCAAAAAAAAGUGACACUAUAGAAAUUAUCUCAUUGUUCUUAAGCCGCUCUUAAACGCGCGUGAUUACACGCCUGGGAAUUUAAUGAACUUGUAUUUACAUUUAAGCAUUUUAAAACGUUUUCGCUUUGUCCAAAUAUUUUAACGCCCGAGUCAAGCAAAACGAUUACACUAAUAAACGGUUUGCUUUUUUAUUUUAAAUUCCAGAAGCAGAAGUUUAUGCACCUGUGGGAUCAACUUAGUGCUAGGGCAUUCAAAUUAUAUAAUUUCUAUAGUGUCACUUUCUUUUGGGACACCCUGUACUUGUAAAAUAAAAACUUACUAAGUAUCAUUAAAUAAAUGCAUAAAUUUUGCUUUAUGCUCUCGCAUGUGCAGUAAUUUUGACAGUUGUGCUAUUUUAAAUUCCCAGGCACCUAAAAUCUUUUGUCCUGAAAACAAUGUCGAUUUCUUGGGAAAUUCCGAGGUUGCGUUUUUUUUAUACACCAUGUAGUAUACAGGGUGUCCCAAAAACCCCGAAAACUAUUGAAAUCACUUAUUGUUAAAUUUGAAUGCCCUACCAAACAGCUGGACGUAAUGAUGCGUAAAAUAUUGACAAGGUGCAUGUAUUAGAAUUUAGUUAGGAAUAUCUCCUGGUAAAGUGCGCGAUUUUCUGCUCCUGGGAAUUAAAAACAGCUUUUCUUAAACAGUUUCUUUAUGCAUAACAUUUACUUAUGUCAAUCAUUUAUGCACUCGUGGAAACCAACAGAGCGCUAAGGCAUACAAAUUCUAACAAUUAAAUUGUUAUUGGUGAUUUCAAUAGUUUUCGGGUUUUUUUGGGACACCCUGUAUACAGAAGCAUUGAAUAGAACAAAGGUAACUAAGCUUUAGAAUUAUUUACAUGAGUGCAUGAAUAACUUUUAUACUUGAUUAUAAUCUUAGUUAUUUUUGUUCUGUUCUAUGCUUCUGUAAAGUAGAACAAUAGUAACUAAACUGGGUAGCAAAGAUGUAAACAACGUUAGCUAAAUUUGUCUAUUCGUAUUUUUACACAUAGACGGGUCACCUGUCUGACGCAUCACGCGUCUUAAAUUGGCAAAAAAAUUGUGUUAGUGUCCACGCUACAACGAAAAUGAUAAAAUUAUCGUUUGACGAUAACGAUAACGAUUUUAAAUCGCUCACUUGAGCGAUUUUAUAGUAUGCAAUCGAAUAUAAAUUGCAAAUUUCAUAACGAACUAAUAAAUAAGAUUUGUAGCUUCAGCAGUCAUUUUCAUUCGCCAGGAUGGCAAUUGUAUAGGACUAUAAAAAUUACUACUUAUAUAUUUAUAUAACUUACUAUUAUAUAUUCAAAUAACAUAAUUCGUGCGAAACAAAAUAAAUUUUUUCAUCGCAUAAUGAAUGUUUUCAUUCGGCAAUAAUAAAAAAUCAGUUUUCAUUCAGUAAAGGCUGUCGCCUCGUGGAAUGGAAAAUUUCAUCUUUCACCUUAUGAAAAUCUACCAUUGCACUCAUAAACAUUCAUUAUUAUAUUUGUAUACUAAAUUAUACACUACAUAAUUGAAAGAAUAUUAGUUAUUUGUUGACUCGCGGACACGGCGCUCGACUCAAGUAAUUUCGAUUCUGUUUCUCGUAUUCACAAUAUCUAGCAAUCAAUCAACUUGCUUGGAAGCAAAGAACUGUUUGCUCAGAAGAAAGAGGUGGAGGGUAAUUUCAAGGUUUUCAAAUCUAAACUUGCAGUCAAAGACAAAGAGAGUGUUCCGAAACUGCCAGAUGAUGAAAAAGAAUGGUAUGUUAUCUCUUUGUUUUUAUACGUCGCGCAUUUACGAUGAAAACCUAAAAAUGAUUGCACUAAUGCCAAAAUUAUUUUGCGAAAGCAUCAUUAUUUAGCCAUUUUAAAGAACAUUCGUUCAGUCAUUAUUCAUUCAUUCAUUCAUUCAUUAAAUACGCUCCUCGUAUUCGACUGUUCAUGCCACAGUAAUUUGUGAACAACGUUGUUUGUCUUGAGACGUGAGGAGCGAUUAUCACGCAUACUACCUUUUAAAUGUAUCUGGCGACCGCAAUCACUGACGUAAUGAAAAGAUUCCAUUAUUGAAUUAAAACUAUUAAUGUGCGUCCCAUCUGUAGGUUGAGUGGAAUCUGAAGAAGGCGCAUUAUUAAAGUUGCGUAUAACAUCAGAGCACCGCUUUCGAGCAAUCACGCCCAUGCAGUAUAACAUCUGCCAUACCCUGUGCUAUGUAUCUUGUCAAGCUUUGAAGCUUACGUUAGCAGAACGAGCAUGUGCCUACUAAUAUUCCACUAAUGCACUAUUGAUAUACUACCGUACAGUAUAAAGCGCUACUUGAAGUUGCGUUAAAUUAAUAUUCAAACAAGACAAACUGGAAACCACGAAAGAUAUAUCUGCAUGCAUUUUUGCACUAUGCGUUUUGUUAUGGUUUGGUUUUCAGUACAUUCCAAGGCCUACUCUGGGGCGGUAAAUCGCUUUAAAUCGCAUUAAAUCGCGGGUUAAAAUUGUCGAAUUUCUCUUAAAUCGCCUAAAAUCGCUUAAAAUCGCCAACAUGCAUUCUGUUUGAUACAUUCAGUCCAUGUACUCAAGUUUAUCAAUUGCUGCUAUUUUAAAGGGCAAAUCAUGUAAUCCAGGUGCUGACAAUAUUUGGUCAUUCAAUAGACACCGGUCAUUGACAAAAACAGAGCCUUUUUCUGCUUUAUGCAGACUUUGCAAUAAUUAGGUAAUUCUGGGAUCUAAAAGACCCAUAGAUCCCAUACACUACCAGCAACAAAAUUGAGCUAGUUACCAGUUAAUUUCAUUAUUGGUGUAAAUGGAGGCUGGGCUACAAUUUAUGUGGACUAUGGAGGCUGGGCUAAUCUAUAAUCUACAUGGCUUCUCAAAGCCUAAUUGCUGUUAAUUAGAACAGCAGUAGGAGACUAGGAAAGUCAAUGAGUACGAGUGUUGAUUUAUAUAAUAAAGUCAUCGUGUAAUUUGUGCACUGUUGCAUGUAAGAUCGAGCACUGCGUUGUAGACAAUGGUUGUAUUUCGACAUGUGCAUGGUUAUACUCUAGCUCCUAGUUAUAAUUAUAGUGGCUGUCAAACGAAAAAUAUACGUGAGGUUAUGAGCGAUUUGCAACUCUCAUCUAUUUAAUUUCCCAGACCUGUAUAUACAAUAAACAGUAAAUUAAACAAUGAUUACAUCGUACAUACCAUACAAUAGAUCUUUUGUUGUUGUUUGUUUGCAGAACCUAAAACCACGGUGUAGUGCGCCAUUUGUUUAAUACUGUAUUAUUUUGUUUUUAAUUUUAAAAUAAUAUAGAAAUUAGAAUUCCUACCAUUUAUAUACGAUAUACUUCAUGUAAUUUAAACAUUACAGCAUUACGCCGACAGUUUCCGAAUGCGUGACGAUACUGUUUCUGGAUAUGGCACUGGGAUAUGAUAUAGAUAUCAAAAAUUUUAUAAAAUAUGUUUGUAGCAUGAAGAAAGCACGAGAUUGAAACAAUUUAAAUAAAAUGCAAGCUAAAUAAAGAAAUUUUGACAUGAUACAAAACAAGAUAAUUUCACUUACAAGGGUGACAAGGUAAUUUAUAGGAUUAUAGCUUAUUCAGUAAUCAGUUAUACUGUAUAAAUACAUUGUGUGUUUCUCUUGUGGGUUUUUUGGAAAUCAAAUAUUAUAUUUUGCAAUUUUAACUCGACAUAAAUUAAUGAUAUUAAAGUUUAAGACAUGUGUAGUGCAUGCCCCUUAAGUAUAGUGUAGGUCUAUUAACUGUUUACAAAUUUGUGGUAUAUAAUGUAGCCAUGAAUGACCACAUGACACCACAAAAUGAACCCCAAUGGCUUCUAAAUAGAGAAUGGAUGAAAAGUUCAUGAAUAUUGAGCUUUAUAUGUGAAUCAGAUUAAAUACAAUAAUUAGUUAACCUAGCUUUAUGUAAAAUGUACAUACAUGUUCUAAUAAUUGUAUUUUGCUUCAUACAAUGCAUAUGUGUGUGGAAACAUUACACUAUUAUUUAGCUCACUCCCCACAUUGGGGCUUUUCAGUGACCGAUUACAUCAAGUACUUUGAUUACUUAUGUUAGCUAGACUAUUUAUCUUUACAACAAUGAGAAUAUGAUAUUACUAUCCUAACUGUGUUUAUCCUAACCCACCCUGCCAAUUUUGCCUUGUGGGAGGAAACCGGAGCAAAGUAUAAAAUUCAAUUCCUUUGAAAACAACUAAAUUGCAAUCCCUAAAAUUUAAAAUUUUUUCCUAAAUCGCCUAAAAUCGCAUUAAAUCGCAGUGCUUGAAAGUCCCAGUUUUUCCUUAAAUCGCCCAAAAUCGCAUUAUAUCGCAGCGAUUUAAGGCGAUUUACCGCCCCAGAGUAGGCCUAUUCCACGUCAAAAUCUUAAUCGUACCCUAAUCGUAGCUUAUGGGGCCUGUUGCAUCAUCCUACCUUUUCACUUUAGGUAGCGUAUUUACCAUUCGAAUGAGCAAUUUAUGUGCAGCAGUUGAAAAACAUCGAUCGAAAAAGUUACUCAUUUUUCAGUUUUCAAUAACAUUUAACUUUAAUAUUUUUUAGUGUUUUUCAAAUAUUCAGGACCACUUAAGCAAUUUUAGCUAUUGGUCUGCAUAUCUUGUAAAAUUUUUACCCGUUGACGAUUUUAUUUGUUUUUGAAAACUGAAAAUUCGCGUCGCGUUGCCGAAUCGCGUCCGGUCUGUGUGGGCCUUUAUACUAAGAGAUCACUAUGAUUCACGAAAGGCCGCCAUCUUGGCUUCAUGCAAGCAUAUAGGGCCGUUUACCUCAUUGAAAUGAAUAUAUACUGGAACACUGCCUUCAGAUAAACUGCCUAUCUUUUUCUUGAAGCCAAAUGCCAAAUCAGGUAAGAUCACGCGUGUUUAUAUCAUGAUUGACUGAUUGAACGCUCUUUACAUGAGUGAAAACACUGGAACUAUAUAUAUAGCCUUCAAGUUUGGCUUCAAAUUCCCGGUUGGAGUUAGCGUUCCAUUUAUAUUCAUUUCAAUGGUUUACCUGGAGUUAUCGUUCCAGUAUUUAUAGAGUUCACUGGUAUUAAUUAAAGAAACAUGUAAUUUUAAAUUUUGUUGACGAAGGAAAGAGAGCAACCACGGAAAUAGUCGGACAAAUGUACGUUUUACCUAAUUGUCGCCAUUUUGAACUUUAUAUUUUUAGAUCUAUGUUGUAAAGUUUGUUUGUAUCACAUUUAUAUAACAUGAAAUUGAUUAAAAUCCUGAAACACUGCGUUCGUCGUCCUUCUAAUGUCGAGCUAAGGAAACAAAACCGAUGCAUGGAAUUAAAUUCAAAUGCACAAUUUGUGCGAAGCAAAAUGGCCCAUGUAAAAAUCACUAAAAAUAUUUUUACGACAAUUAUUUCGAGUGUUGAACAUGAUAUCUCAAGAGUGAGCGCAGCGAACGAGUAAGUAAGAUAUCAUGUUCAACACGAGAAAUAAAUCUGGUUCCAAGCAUCCAUGUAUUUUUCUGUUUAUUAUAAAGGACAGUCCUUGAAAAGCGAUAAUUUUUUACACAAAAGCGAUAAUUCAAAAGCGACAAUUUUCACAUGUGAAAUUAUCAUAAAUAAUCUCACAUGUGAGAUUAUCAGUUUAUCAGUGCUCGAAAUCUCUAUAAAGCGCUAUACUUUAUAUAAUAAAUGCUAUUAUUACGACUGAAACAUUUUUUGUGACAUAUAUAUUGGAUUUGGGACAUAUAUACCGAUAACAUUGAUUUAUUUAUUUAGCAUGUUAAUUUGCGCAAUAUAAAUAUUAUCAUUAUUAUUGAAUAUUUAUUUUACUUGUAUUAUCCCAUGGAAUGGAAAAUUCCAUCUUUCACCUAUUUUUACCAUUGCACUCAUGAACAUUCAUUAUUUGUACAGUAUGUUUUGUUGCCCUUUUAGGCUCAAUACCAUAACUAAAUCAAUACUGGACGUCGCUACCACUUUUCCAACUGAGUUAACUAAGCCAAUGUUGGCAUCCAUGACGUUCUUGCAAAAUUUGGAAUGAUUGCUUUGAAAAAAUAAUAAUAAUGGUGGAAGGAACAUUCAGACGCAGUGCAGAUAUGCAUUCUGUGGUUUAUGUGUAAUUGCUAUGUUGCUAUGCAUGCGCUUAGUCAGUGGUAGACACGUAAUUAAUAGCCUCUUAAAUGAUAACAGAUAUGAACAAACUAGAAAUGCAUGCAUGCGGAAACCCAUCGCCUUGCUAGAAAAACAACUAUAUUUUUCAAACAUGAAGUAUUUGACAUUGUUGUCAUGGUAAUACGAUCAUUUUAUUAUUUUAUAUUUUUAAAACUGAAAACAAACUCCAAAGUAAUCACUUGUAUAGUUGUAAUUACAAAAUUGUCAAUUGCUUUCUUUUAAUUACAAAAUUAUCAAUUUCCCAAAUAUAUAUGUUAG